CUGUAGACAGGGCUAGAAGCAGGACGUCAAGACAUCGCGCAGGAGGGAGAUCAUCCGCUGUUUCCUAUCGGAUUGGAACAGUUACAACGUCUGUUUGGAUUUUAUUGAGGGAAUCACCUUACAACCCGACGGAGCCGCGGGAACCAAGCGAUACCGGAGUAUUUCAACUGAAGAGUUUUGGAUUAUUCAUUUGGAGAAUGCGUCGUUUCUUCUCAAUUUGAAACUAGUUGGACAUCCGUGACUUGUGGCUGCCCAACUGCGCCUGACGCCGCGAUAAUGAUCCGAACACUUCAAUGCGGUGAAGGUGUGCUUUAGUUCUGAACAGUACAGUCGACCAACUCUAACUACUUGGGCGUUUUCCAGUCUUGUUUUCAGAGUUUUUGACCAGUUUAAUGGCGGCUAACUCAAGCAGCAAAAUACUCUGCUCCACUUUAAAGCGCACGAGAUGUGCCGUCACCGUUAGAUGAGCGCUGAUCACUUCCAAUCGAGUGACGGACGUUGAGAGAGAAAAAACGGACAAACAGCCGCCUUUUAUAAAUGGAAGGCGUUUAAAAUAAUCUGAAGGGCUGCACGCUCAUAAUCUUGACAUUUUGUCCCUGAAAUGUGUAGCAUUGGUGACUUUUGAGUCACUAACGUGAAUGGUGUUUUUUUUUCCUUCUUUAGUGUUGUUUCAACCCUCGUGGAAAAGAUGAACCUGUGCUUUGUCAGCAUUCUCCUCACUUUAGGUUUAGUCACUGUUGCGCUCAGUUUGUCGACAUGCAGCAUAUUGGACAUGGAACAAUUCAGGAAAAAGCGCAUCGAGGCUGUCCGGGGCCAGAUACUGAGCAAACUGAAACUCGCCAAUCCCCCAGAAGAUUUCCCCGAGCCCGAGGACGUGUCCAGGGACAUCGUGGCUAUUUACAACAGCACACGGGACCUAUUGCAGGAGAAGGCCAAUGAACGUGCAGCGACGUGCGAGCGACAGCGGAGUGAGGAGGAGUAUUAUGCCAAGGAGGUGCACAAGAUCGAAAUGCAGCCCAUAUACCACUCUGAGAAUGUUAUUUCUCCCACACUCUUCAACCCGUACUUCAGACGGCUAAUGUUUGAUGUGUCCUCCAUGGAGAAGAAUGCCUCCAACCUGGUGAAAGCUGAGCUAAGAAUAUUUCGUCUUCAAAAUCCUAGUGCACGAGUACCUGAGCAACGCAUUGAGCUAUACCAGAUUUUAGCACACAAAGCCCUGACAUCGCCAACUCAAAGAUACAUUGACAGCAGAGUGGUACGAACGCAAACAGAGGGCGAGUGGCUGACCUUUGAUGUAACAGAGGCAGUGAGUGAAUGGAUGAACCACAGAGACAGAAACAGUGGCUUCAAGCUCAGCCUUCAUUGCCCAUGCUGUACUUUUGUUCCAUCAAAUAACUACAUCAUUCCCAACAAGAGUGAGGAGCUGGAAGCACGGUUUGCAGGUAUUGAUGACAGCUUCAUCAACAGCGAUGAUCUAAAAGUAUUCAAGCGACUGCGCCACAGUACUCGGGCUCCACACCUUCUAAUCAUGCUGCUGCCUUCAUAUCGUUUGGAGUCUCCAUUUUACCACAAAUCGCAUCGAACAAAGAGAGCCUUGGAUGCAGCUUAUUGUUCUAGAAACGUUCAAGACAACUGCUGCUUAAGGACCCUCUACAUUGACUUUAAGAAAGACCUUGGCUGGAGGUGGAUUCACGAACCAAAGGGCUAUGAUGCCAACUUCUGCGCUGGAGCCUGUCCUUAUCUAUGGAGUGCUGACACACAACAUGCCAAGGUGUUAGGACUUUACAACACCAUUAACCCCGAUGCAUCAGCGUCACCCUGCUGUGUGUCCCAGGAUCUGGAACCCCUCACCAUCCUCUACUAUAUCGGCAAGGUGCCGAAAAUAGAACACCUCUCCAAUAUGAAGGUCAAAUCCUGCAAGUGCAGUUAGAAACUCAGCUAGCACAACUUCACACAAUGACACACACACACACCAGUUCCAACCAUGCUAUCUCUUCUAUUUUCACACACAGUCAGUCAGUGCAGUGUCGUAUAAUCAAGAUUAGAGGUACUCAACAAAUAAACCUCAUUCCAAAAGGCCACUACAAAUACAUAUCAAAUAUCAUUAUUUCAGAAAGACUUUGACAUUAUGUGCCUUGUAUUUUCUUUCCAUGCUGUUGAACAGACAGCAAAUCUGGCUCAUGUGUGAAUAGUUGGAUGAUGAACAUUAGUCCAAGUUAAAAGUGUGCCUUUAGUUUGUGGUGCCAUGCUUGGCUUUCCAAGCAUCAGCCCCUGCUGGCUAUCAGAUUUCAAGAUUCAAACUGUCAUAUUCAAUCAAGCCUGUUCCCCUGGAAGUGAAACAGUGGAGUUAUUUUGGUGCUAACAGAGUUAGGAUUGGGCAUUUUUUUCACUUAAUGUAAAAAUCUGAACGAAAGGCUGGAACAAUAAGAAAGUCUUAGUAUUUUUUGUUGUUUUUGUUUGUUUUGAACUACGUUGACAAAAGUGAAAUGACUUAUAUACAUAUUUAUAGAAAUGGGCAGUGAGGUUGCAUGAGUAUUAUUUUUUUUUUUUUCACAGAAAAAUAUUAAAUGCCACAAUUAUAGGUCACAUUAGUUACAGUGGUAUGAAAGAGUAUCUGAACCUUUUGGAAUUUCUCACAUUUUUGCAUUAAAUCACCAUCAAAUGUGAUCUUUGUCAAAAUCACAUUGAUGAAAAAAACUGUCUGGUUUAACUAAAACCCCCCAAACAUUUAUAGGUUUUCAUAUUUUAAUGAGGAUAGUAUGCAAACAAUGACAAAAGGGGGAAAAUAAGUGAGUGAACCAUCGUGUUUAAUAUUUUGUGGCCGCCCCUUUGGCAGCAAUAACUUCAACCAGACGCUUCCUGUAGCUGCAGAUCAGUCUGGCACAUCUUGUCCCUGACUAAUCUUGUCCCAUUCUUUUCUACAAAACUGCUGUAGUUGUAGUCUAGCAUGAAUCGCUGUCCUUAGGUCAUGCCACAGCAUCUCAAUGGGGUUCAAGUCUGGACAUUGACUUGAACACUCCAGAAGGUAUAUUUUAUUCUUCUGAAACCAUUCUGGAGUUGAUUUACUUCUAUGUUUUGGAUUAUUGUCUUGUUGCACCAUCCAUCCUCUUUUUAACUUCAACUGUCGGACAGACGGUCGGAGGUUUUCCUGCAAAACAUCCUCAUAAACCUUUGAAUUCAAUCUUCCAUUAAUGAUUUCAAGUUGUCCAGGCCCUGAAGCAGCAAAACAGCCCCAAGUCAUGAUGCUCCCUCAACCAUGCGUCCCAGUAGGGAUGUGGUGUUAAUGUUGGUGAACUGUUCCAUUUUUCCUCCACACAUGACGUUGUGUCUUACUCCCAAACAAUUCAACUGCGGUUUCAUCAGUCCACAAAAUAUCUAGCCAAAACAUCUGUGGAGUGUCCAAGUGCCUUUUUGCGAACAUUAAACAUGCAACAAUGUUUUUUUAGACAGCAGUGGCUUGCUCCGUGGAGUCCUCCCAUGAACAACAUUCUUGGCCAUAGUUUUACAUAUAGUUGAUGUGUGCACAGAGAUAUGUGCUAGUGAUUUCUGCAAGUCUAUAGCAGACUGUCUAAGGUUGUUUUUUACCUCUCUGAGUAUUCUGCGCUGAACUCUUGGCGUCAUCUUUGUUGGACGGGCACUCCUUGGGAGAAAAGCAACAGUCCCCAAACUCUCUGUUUCUCUCUGACUGUCAAUUGAUGAAAAUCCAGACUUUUAAAGAUGGUUUUGUAUCCUUUCCCAGCUUUAUACAAAUCAGCAAUCCUUGAUCGCAGGUCUUCAGACAGCUCUUUUGACAGAGCCAUGAUGUACAUCAGACAAUGCUUCUCAUAAAGACAAUUCUUACCCGGUGUGUGUGUCACUCAUCAGUGAAUGGGUAGACACCUGACUUAAAUUGUUUGGUAAAAAUUGGUUUAAUUUGCUCUCUAGGUCUCCUUAGGCCGGUGUUUCUCAAUUAUUUUCUGUUACGCCCCCCCCAAGGAAGAUGUAAAUGUUUCGCGCCCCCGCCCCCAAAAAAACUCUGCCGCCACUGUAAAUAGUAUCAUUUGUCCAUAAAAUUACUAUUAUAAGUACGCCUCUGUCUAACAUUGUGUCCUUUUUUUUUUGCUAUUAAAAAAAAAAAAAGUGACAUAGAUACCCCAUCAGUUUGCCUGAAUUUAAAAAAACAGUCACAUCCAAACUGUAAAAAUAUACUCAAGGUACAUUUUUGACCAUUUGAUACUGAAAAAUAAAAUGUAAUAAAAUCAGUAAAUAAUAACAAAUUCAAAUUGAUUAGAAACAUUAACUCAUGGGGAAAAUAUGCCAAAAUUUUUUACCAAAAAACAAAACUGAAUAGAAGAAAAAAAAACUGUCUUUGGACAGAAGGACAGUUUUUAUUUUUGCUGCUCACAGUAUCACCUCCUUUGCAAUGGUGUGGGAAUAUUUUGCACUGAGCAUGCUAACAGUGCUCACUGGUUUACUGAUAUAACACUGACAAAGCAGGACGAUUGUUGGAAAUAUUCGGCACGUUUUCACUGAAAAACAAGCGGCUUAUCAAUGAGAUUGGGGUCUAAUAAUGUCUUUAAGUGGCGUCUUAGUUGGCUUCCGGAUGUCCGCUAUAAUCAUUCUUAGACACAGUAAACAGUGGUCUUUCCUCAUCUCCCACUGUAUUUGAAGUCAAAGCCAAAAGGCAAAUGGCCCGAAAAAAACGCAUUCUCGGUGGCCGAGGGAGAACCGUAGGUGAAGGCGGUCGUCGUGACGAUCCCAAGCGGAAAAUGGCACUUCUCGGGCGGACACGUGAGAACCGGAGAAGACAGUGAGUCGCUGCGUGCAUCCGGCCGGAAAACGGCUUUCGAAAACGGCGCACAGCUCUUCAUAUCUCUUGUCUGUGUGCCCUUGCUUAGUUCAAAAAUAGUGCGCGCACUCUGAAAAUGAGUGUGACACUGCCAUCCACUGAGUUGAUGUGCAAGUACACUUUAUUCUAGUACGGCCAAAAAAAAAAAAAAAAAUCAUAUUCCCUAAGGUCACAUGCGCCACCCCUGGCAUCGCUCUGCGCCCCCCUGGGGGGGCUUGCCCCACUAUUUGAGAAGUACUGCCAUAGGCAGAGGGUUCACUUACUUAAUUGUCCCCCUUCUGUCAUUGUUUGCAUGCUAUCCUCAUUAAAAUAUGAAAACCUAUAAAUGUUUGGAUGGUGUUAGCUAAA